AGCAUUUCAUAUAAUUUAAUCUCGGUGUGUUUUUGAGGUAUGGUGUAGGUGUAUAAAAUAAAUAAUCUCGUACAGAACAAGAUCAUCUAUCUCAAAUCUCAAUCAAAACAAACCGAAAACUUGUAAAUGUCUUCAUUUUUCUUGUUAAUUUUUCUUAUUAUUAUUCAACCAUGGUCAAUAAAACAUAUACAAGCACAAAAAAACAUAUUCAUAUUAGCUGGACAAAGCAACAUGGCUGGAAGAGGAGGAGUAACAAACGACACAAAAACCGGUGUAACAACCUGGGACGGUGUCGUUCCACCAGAAUGCAAUCCAAGUUCAUCGAUUUUGAAACUCAAUGCACAUCUUAAAUGGGUGGAAGCACAUGAACCACUUCAUCAAGACAUAGAUAUGCUAAAGACAAAUGGGAUAGGACCAGGAAUGGUGUUUGCAAAUUUUGUGUUGAAAAAAAACUCACAACUUGGUUUGGUGGGGUUGGUCCCAUGUGCAAUUGGUGGUACCAAUAUAAGUGAAUGGGAAAAAGGAAAAGUUCUUUAUAAUCAUAUGAUGAAGAGGGUUAAGGCAUCUUUGAAUGAUGGUGGUAGUGUUCGAGCUCUUCUUUGGUUUCAAGGGGAAUCUGAUACUGUAAGUUUAAGGGAUGCUCAAUCUUACCAAACAAGAGUUCAUAAGUUUUUCAUAGAUGUCAGAGAUGAUUUGCAGUCUCCAUUGCUUCCAAUAAUUCAGGUGGCUUUGGCAACAGGAUUAGGCCCAUACAUAGAGAUAGUGAGACAAGCCCAGAUGAGUAUUGACCUCUUGAACUUGAAAACAGUCGACGCUAAGGGCUUACCUCUUCAGCCCGAUGGGCUUCACCUUUCAACCCCGGCCCAGAUUAAUCUUGGAAAAAUUAUGGCUGAUGCAUUCCUUCAAUUUGUACCCUCUUCAAGUCAUAUAUAUCACAAUGUUAGUUCAAUAAGUAACGAGGCCACAAGUUCUAUUGGGAUUUCUAGUUGUGUUUCUCAUAUUUAUAUGCUUCCUUUGUUCAUAACUUUUCUCACAAUGAUGUCACAAACUUUCUUGUAGACUUGUGGACUUGUAAAUUGUAAUACCCUUUUGUUCCUCAUUGUUAAUUUAAACAUGUAGCAUAAACACAACCAUGAAAUGAAAUUAUUAUAGC